GGUCCGGAGUGUACGGAGAACCAGCAUACUCAAUUCAAACAAAACCCAAACUGGAAAAGAAACAAACAAGGGAAUUAGGAAAGGAAAGUGAACGAGGUUCUGAAGGUGCCGUGCGCGCUAUGCGUACGAUUAGUUCCGUUAACUUAAAAUGCCCACCUCAUCAUUCCCCGCGCAAAGUACUUAAUACGGCUGUGUCCCCGUUUUAACAUUACUUUUAAUCUCUAAUUGUUGUUUUAAUCUUUGUGAGUUUUUCUUACAAUACGAAUUCGCUUUUCAAUACGGUAUUCGUUGCUUCACUAGACCUUCAUUCUUCAUUCCACCCUCCUCCUCUUUCACUGUUCGAUCGAGUCGUUUCUGUGAGCUCCAAUUGUUCGAGGAAAUGCAGCAGAGAUGGUUUCGUUCAUGUCGACUUCGAAUCACUUCAUCUUAUCGUCUUACCCUGUCGAACAUUGCCCUAACUUCCCCUCUCUCUGUUUCUUGAAUCAUCCAAGAAGACAAACUCCUUGUGUUUCUUUUUACCUCUCUCCGGCGAAGGAAUGUGGUUCUUUACUGUCUUCUGGUAUGGAAAAGAGCAGUUUUGGGACUCCUGUUUUUUUGUUCCAGAGGAACUCUCGCUCUGGUUCAGUCAGGUGUUGCAAAAUUUUUGAGAGUGAGGGGUAUUCCGUUAUAGAGGCGGAGAUUUUGGAUUUCAUGGAAAAAUCUGAUAAUCCUAACGUUUUUCCGACCAAGAAAGAGUUGACUAAUGCUGGGAGAAGGGACUUGGUGGAGGCCAUUACCAAACGGGGUGGUUGGCUUGCAUUUGGCUGGGACUCGGAGGAGGAGGACAAGGAGACGGUUCAAGAGGAUGAUUUUCAGGGUUCAAUUCCAAUUACUGCAAAAGAAGUUGAUGAUGGUUCAGUUCUUAGGGAUACAAGAAGCUUGAAACAGAGUUUAGACGGCAGUAAUGAGAGUUCUUUUGUCGAGGGCGUUCAAGUUGGAAGCUCCGAGAUUGCACUGCCCUGUGCCUUGCCUUCUUAUCCUGCUUCAGCUUCUGAUGGAUCAUCGCAAAGGGAGGCUAGGGUGGAUGCAGGGAUCGAGGGUAUCUUGAGUCGCCUGGAGAAAGAGAGAAAUUUGCAAUUUGGUUUUGGUUCUAGAGCAAAAGAAAGUAGCUCUUCUGAUAUGAGGAAUGAAAAAGAUGACUGGCAACCGAAAGUCAUAGCAGACACGGUUAAUGGCCUCGAAAGAAGUAGCAGGUCUACAUAUUUGAGAGCCAGUGAGGAGUUUCUAGCUGAUUCUCAGGAUGUGAAUAUUCAGAACAGAUAUUUUUCGGACUCUGAUGGCAUAGGAAGCUCAUUUAAGCCAGCAAUGUGGAGAAAAUGGAGCACCCAAAGGGCAGGGUUUUCAAAUGCUGAAUUCGAAGCUGCUGACAUUGUUCCCGGUGAAAGUAGAGUGGAGAAAGUAACAGAUUCUAUGGACGAUGUGAUGUUAACAAAAGCAAAGGAUGCAAAUUAUACAAGUUACAUAAUAAAAGAUUUGGUUUCUGGUGGGACAAAGAAUGAAUCCAAUGAUAUACGAUCCCGCCUUCAGGACCUGGAUGCAGAGCUUGGGUCUGUACUUCACUUAUUGAGGUCAAGAACUGAUGCACUUGUUUUGCCUAAGGGUCAUGAAAGAUCGUUGGAGGAGUUACAAAUGCUGUCUGAUGAUUGGGAAUUCCAGGAAACUACAAUCAUGAAAACACAAGACAAAUUGCGGUCAACCCGUGCAAAAUUAGCAGUACUAGAAGGAAAGAUGGCACUAGCUAUAAGUGAAGCACAAAAAAUGGUAGAAAAGAAACAGAGGAGGAUUGAUGGUGCUCAAAAGGCCCUAAGCCUUCUCCAUACUGCUUGCAUACUCUGGUCUUCUCCAGCAUCUGAGGUUCUAUUAGCUGGAUCAUUUGAUGGUUGGGCGAGUCAGAGAAAGAUGGAGAAGUCAAGUGGAGGCAUAUUUUCAGUGAAUGUGAAGUUGUAUCCUGGUAGAUACGAGAUCAAGUUUAUAGUUGAUGGUGUGUGGAAGAUUGAUCCUCUACGACCUACUGUACAUAACAAUGGACACGAAAAUAAUCUCCUUAUUGUCUCAUAAAUGCACACAAUGAAUGCCGGCAAUGCCUCUCCUCUUGGCCUCGUCUUCUGAAAGUACAUGCUCAGCAUGCUUCACAUUCUUUCUGUAUAAAUCAGGACUGGCGGGGAAUAAUUUUCUAAUCACUAGAAUUCAGAGUUAUUGUAACCAA